AAACCCUUGAUGACCGGAAAACUCACGCGUCACCUAGGAAGUGAGGAUUAACGAGCCAAGAUUGAAGGUUAAUGUGGGAAUAAACACAGAGGGAGGAUGAGCAGCUCAGAGGAGGUGUCCUGGAUUUCCUGGUUCUGUGGACUGAGGGGAAAUGAGUUCUUCUGUGAGGUCGAUGAGGACUACAUACAGGACAAAUUUAACCUGACGGGUUUAAAUGAGCAGGUGCCUCACUAUCGUCAGGCUCUGGACAUGAUUCUGGACCUAGAGCCAGAUGAGGAGCUUGAAGAUAACCCAAACCAGAGUGACCUGAUCGAGCAGGCAGCUGAGAUGCUCUAUGGGCUCAUACAUGCACGUUACAUCCUCACAAACAGAGGCAUUGCACAAAUGUUGGAAAAGUAUCAACAAGGGGAUUUUGGCUAUUGCCCCAGGGUCUAUUGUGAGAAUCAGCCGAUGCUUCCUAUUGGUUUGUCAGACAUCCCAGGAGAAGCAAUGGUGAAGCUUUAUUGCCCAAAGUGUAUGGAUGUGUACACCCCAAAGUCCUCCAGACACCACCACACAGAUGGAGCCUAUUUUGGAACAGGGUUCCCCCACAUGCUCUUCAUGGUGCACCCAGAGUAUCGCCCAAAGCGACCGGCCAACCAGUUUGUGCCAAGGUUAUAUGGUUUCAAGAUUCACCCAAUGGCUUAUCAACUUCAACUUCAGGCCGCAUCGAGUUUUAAGAGCCCAGUCAAGGCAAUUCGCUAGAACUCCAUAUUGAUCAAAACAGUGACCUCAAGGACUUUGACGUUAAAUACAUAUGUGAAGAACUGACUUAUAUACAGACCCAAUAAAUGUUCAUACAGGUUUCCAAACUCACCUAUGUUGAUGACAGACGUUUUCGAUUUCAAGCGUCGCUCGUUAAGGGAAGAUUUUUCUGUACAGCACAUGUGAGUAUCAGUCUCCAGAUAGAUCCUGAGGAUUCUUUCAAACAGAAGUAAAUAACCAAGUGAUAAUGAAAGCUACAUUUUGCAUUGUGGGUCAAUUACAAGUGAAUGAAUGUAAAAAGAAAAUCUUGCCAUGUGCCCCUGAACUUCUGAGUCAGUACAUACUCAGAGGUUAAUAUUAAAUUGCAGUACAAAUGUU